GGGCCGAGUUCUGGGGGUUGGUGACGGUUGGGGCAAAAUUGAGGGUUUUCCCAUAACAUUUGGGGCAAAAUUAAGAGGUUUUGGUGACAAGUUUGGGCAAAAUUGUGGGGUUUCAGUGACAAAUUGGGACAGAAUUAAGGGGUUUUGAUCAAUUUGGAGCAGAAUCACGAGGAUUUUGGGAGAAUUUGGGUCAAAACUGAGGGGAUUUUGUGAGAAUUUGGGGCAAAACUGAGUGGAUUUGGUGACAAGUUGGGUCAAAGUUGUUUUGUUGAGACAUUUGGACAAGACUGAGGGGAUUUUGUCACAUUUUGGGGCAAAACUGAGGGGUUUUGUGACAAUUUGGGGCAAAACUGAGGGGAUUUGGUGAGAAUUUGGGGUAAAACUGAGGGGAUUUGGUGACAAGUUGGGCCAAAGUUAAGUUUUGUUGACAAUUUGGGGCAAAACUGAGGGGUUUUGUGACCAUUUGGGGCAAAACUGAGUGGAUUUGGUGAGAAUUUGGGGCAAAACUGAGGGGAUUUGGUGAGAAUUUGGGGUAAAACUGAGGGGAUUUGGUGACAAGUUGGGCCAAAGUUAAGUUUUGUUGACAAUUUGGGGCAAAACUGAGGGGUUUUGUGACCAUUUGGGGCAAAACUGAGUGGAUUUGGUGAGAAUUUGGGGCAAAACUGAGGGGAUUUGGUGAGAAUUUGGGGCAAAACUGAGGGGAUUUGGUGACAGGUUGGGUCAAAGUUAAGUUUUGUUGAAAAGUUUGGGGCAAAAUUAAGGGGUUUUGUUGAAAGUUUGGGGCAAAACUGAGGGGAUUUGGUGACAGGUUGGGCCAGAGCUGAGUUUUGUUGACAAGUUUGGGCAAAACGGAGGCGUUUGGUGAUAGUUUGGGUCAGAAUCGAUGGGAUUCGGUCACAGGUUGGGGCAGAGUUGGGUUGUGGUGCCCGAGCCGGGGGGUCGGCGGGUGGGCGCCGGUCCCGGUGGAGGCCUCGGCCUCUCCCGGGGCUCCCGGUCUCUAACCGCCCCCCCCAGGAGCGUCGCCGCCGGGGCAGCGCCAUGGAGGCCUCGUGCGGCGGCGGCGGCGGCGGCGGCCUCGUCCACGUCGACUUCCCGGAAAUCACCAGCGCCUUGUUGGCCAACCUCAACCAACAACGCGUCGAGGGAAAACUCUGCGACAUCUCCAUCCACGUCCAGGGCCGGGUUUUCCGCGCCCACCGCGCCGUCUUGGCCGCCUCCUCGCCGUAUUUCCACGACCAAGUGCUCCUGAAGAACAUGACCUCCAUCGUCCUCCCCAGCGUGAUGGAUCCCGGCGCCUUCGAGACCGUCUUGGGCUCGGCCUACACCGGGCGCCUCUCCAUGGCUCCCGAGGAGAUCGUGAAUUUUUUAACGGUGGGCAGCGUCCUCCAGAUGUGGCACAUCGUGGACAAGUGUACCGAGCUCCUCAAGGAAGGACGGGCCGCCCCGGCGCCGCCGGGGCCUUCCUCCUCCUCCUCUUCGUCGUCGUCCUCCUCCUCCUCCUCCCUCCGCGCCCACUCCAGCCGCACCAGCGACAACCAGUCCCCCAGCAGCAGCAAUUACUUCAGCCCCCGCGACGGCGCCGAGGGGUCGGAACCCCCCAAAUACGCGCCUCGGGGGGUCCCCGAGGAGGGGGGGAAGGGAGGACCCGGCGACCUGCUGGAGGGGGAGGAAGGCAGCGAGGACGGCGACGGCGGCCGGCGACCCCUCUACGUCCAACCCAGCAUCGUCCCGCAGAAGCAAUGGGUCUACGUCAAGCAGGAAUGGCUGCAGGAGGAUCUCGUCCUCACCUGCGAGGAAGACGAGGACCCCGUGGAAGGCCCCGCCCGGGCGGGGGAAGGCGCCCCCCGCCUCGCCGCCCCCCGCGUGGCCGCCCCGAAACUGGAAGAGCAAGUGAAUUUUUGCGAAUCCUCCGAGGAUUUCCCGUCGCCUUACGAGAGCUUGGAAGACGCCGCCGGCGCCUCGUCGCCGCCCUUCCCUCCCCGCCCCCUCCUCCCCAUGGACAUGCAAGGCAACCAAAUCUUAGUGUUCCCGCCCCAAAGCGCCGUGGAGCACGGCGCCGUCCAGCUGGCGGCGGCGGCGGCCGACGGCAACAAGAUUUUCAUGUGUCACUGCGGCAAAGCCUUCUCGCACAAGAGCAUGCGGGACCGGCACGUCAACAUGCACCUCAACCUCCGCCCCUUCGACUGCCCCGUCUGCAACAAGAAGUUCAAGAUGAAGCACCACCUCACGGAGCACAUGAAGACCCACACGGGCCUCAAGCCCUACCAGUGCGACGUCUGCGCCAAGAAGUUCAUGUGGCGCGACAGCUUCGUCCGCCACCGCGGCCACUGCGAGAGGCGGCACCGCCCCGCCCCGCCCGCCGCCCCGCCCGACGCCCCGCCCCUCCUCGCCCCGCCGACCAAGGAAGGGCCCGGCGGGGGAGGGGAAGGCGACUGGGGGACCUUACGGGAGGGCGGGGCGGCACCGCGGGGGGAGGCGGGGUUCGGCGGCGGCGGCGGGAAGGGGUGAGGCGGGGGGAGGGGGGAGGGGGGUGGGGGAGGGGAGGGGGGCGGGUGUCGUGCGCGGCCGGGCGGGGCUCGGUUGGGUGGCUGACGUCACGCCUGGGCCCUUGGGUGACGUCACAUCAUGUGGGACCUUAGGUGACGUCACGCCUGGGCCCUGGGGUGACGUCACAUGAUGUGGCCCCUUGGGUGACGUCAUGCCUGGGCCCUGGGGUGACGUCACAUGAUGUGGCCCCUUGGGUGACGUCAUGCACUGGGCCCUUGGGUGAUGUCACAUGAUGUGGCCCCUUGGGUGACGUCAUGCCUGGGCCCUGGGGUGACGUCACAUGAUGUGGCCCCUUGGGUGACGUCACGCCUGGGCCCUUGGGUGACGUCACGCCUGGGCCCUGGGGUGACGUCACAUGAUCCAGGCCCUUGGGUGAUGUCACGCCUGGGCCCUUGGGUGACAUCACAUGAUCCAGGCCCUUGGGUGACGUCACGCCUGGGCCCUGGGGGUGACGUCACAUGAUGUGGGACCUUGGGUGAUGUCACAUGAUCCAGGCCCUUGGCUGACGUCACAUGAUGUGGGACCUUGGGUGACGUCACAUCAUCCGGGCCCUUGGGUGACGUCACACCCAGAUGUGAGGGUCCCCGCCCCACCCGGGUCCCUGGGUUCCACCUCCCCCCCCCCCCCCCCCCCCCACCCGGGACCCCUCCCCCGAAGCCACAUGUGCCCCACUGGCCUCCCCCGGGUCUGUCCGUCCGUCUGUCCGUGCCCCGCCCCCCCCCCCCACCCGGGCUGGACACCAGGGCCCCCCCGGGAGCCCC